GACCCUUCUUUCGCGAACACAACCAUGUUGCACAAACUGCCCCCUGAACUAGUCAUCUCAGUCCUCGCCUACCUCCCCCUUUCAUCAUUGCAGAACGUCCGACGCACAAGUAAACACCUCGAGAAUCUCAUCCGUAUCAACGAGUCCAUCAUAUAUCGCAAUGCAGCUGCUUGCGCAGGUUUCAUCGCGUCAACGAAUAUUGCAUACGCCGAUCUCGGCAAACUCUUCUCCCGCAGUUCUCUCGGAGGUUCCACAGACUGGAAAAGCUUCUGCGCUACCCAACAGCGAAUUCGAGCGUCGUGGGCGGGGGAUGCACCCUCCCGCGUCAGAUCCCAUCCCAGCGCAGGGAAAUACGUCCAUCGAAUCAAGGUUGACGAUCUACGAGGGCUCAUCAUUGUUACCUCAAGUCGGGGUGGGUUGCGAGUCAUUGAUCUACAUGAUGACGAGAUCCUGUGGUCAUUGCCUACUUCGUAUGUUCACCGUUACGCUCACUGUGAAUAUGACGACGGCUUUCUGAUAUUCGAUCGCGGGGGACUCGGAAGUGAGAAGGAGGUCUGGAGGUUGGAGGAUAGCAUUCCGAAGGAUGGACCACAGCAAUCUACCAUGUCCCCUCCAGACCAGCGACAACUUGAUGCGUGUGUGCGGACCGUCUCGGGUCUAACUGGGACGAACGGCGUCUUCCGUCCAUGGUCGCUGCUGAAGCCGACGGAACUGACGCGUGCGUUUCGUUUCGUCUACCCCACCCUGGCCGCUGCUUCGGAAUCGGCGAUAUAUCUGUGGAACAUCCCCACGGGAGAGUUGAUCCAAACUAUCCAGGACACUCAGACCUCGAAUACCGCUGAAGGCUUUGGUUCAGAGUCAUUGGGAGACGUCAAUUACGUAGAAGUCAGCCCAAGCCACGUCCUUCUGUGUGGAUCCUACGUGCUCAGGGUGUUCUCGCGCUCGACCGGGCGAGCUGUCUUGGACAUCCUUUCCGAAAAGGUUUCUUACGGAGAGCAUAUGUUCAUUCCGGACAUACAUGCAAGAGCUGUGGACUACGAUCUCGUCUCCGGUAUCACCAGACUUUAUCCUUUCCCAGUGAAGCCUGUGGUUGCUCCGGAGAACGAUCACAGGUUGAUCGACGAAUUUAUUGCUGUUCAUGUUUCCACUUGUGGAUCCCAUAUCGUGGGCUUGCUCGCAAGCUCUCGACUUAUUAUUAUCCCCUUUUUCGCGCGGGCUGUUGCAGGAGUUGAUGUGUGGGAUCUCGCGUUUGAUGUCCAGCUUGGAUCUCUCGUCGGAGUCAGCAAGUAUCUGGCUGUUGAGCAGAAUCAUAUUGUGGUGGCUACUGGCACUGGGCUGUUUGUCAUCACUCUGGACUGGAACCAAUUCCAGUCCGAGGUCAUUGAUCCAAUCAUCAACGUACAGAGGGCCAUGUGGUUCAACAACCCAAUACCCCUCAAUUCUGUCUCCUGCUUGCAAGUGACGCCGACUGGCGCAUACCUCAACUGGGAUCGUUCGGAUCAGCUUACUCGGGCUGUCGAAUGCGAGAUCAUAUUCUAUUCUGGGCUAUCUGAAGAACGUAGCGUGAUAGAUCUGGCCAAUGGUGACAAGUUGAUACAGCUCUUUGAGCCUGCCCAUCAGUCUGUGGUUUCCAAUGUAGUGAGCAUCGAUUUCACACCAAGCAUUCCAUUAUAACAUCGAUCUAUGCACAAAAUAUAUGCCCCCGCCAACUGUUCUCGACCCUUGUCUUUCCACCUCCCAGUAGCCCUGAAAAUCUACUCAGAACGACCUCGACGAUCGUUGAAUCGUCAAGAACCCAAAACACCAGGUCGAUGAUUUCAGCCUUGGUAAAGUUUGGACCUCCAUGUAUAUGCGCCCGAUUGAGCAGUCAUACACACCCCAAUGGAACAUCCCAAUGGAACAUUCUCAGGAGGCAGGCUACGCCAAUAGUCUUCUGUCAUCUCCAGAGCCGCAACGCUCCAGUUGUUCGUCAGCAGAUGGAAGGUCUUGUGCAAUACUCGCUCGAGAUGAUUUGUGCCUCAGCUCAUCUCGUCAAACGGACCGUCGCAUCACUGUGCAAAGCCUUCAUCCCCUCAACAGGCCGACCGGUAUUCUUGACGACAUGUCAGCAGUCAGCCAAGGGCAAUGAUGCCCGACGCAGAGAAUGAUCCAAGCGAGGGCCGGUCCGUUGCUCAGCAGUGCUUCGACGACAACGGGAUGAAUAGUAUGUUGCCCGAGACUUCGCUAAUGUCUCAGGGACGUCGCGAACUCAGCGUGGACCAAGAACCUGAGCUCGGGUGGGAUUUCCGAUGCCGCGGCGAGGACGCUGCCCUCGAAUUGCCCAUCCGGCGAAGGUCUCGCAAUGAGAGAAGGCUGCACUCACGUCCGAUCAUGUAGGAUGUGCUGCACGCUUGAUGUAGGCCGCCAUUGGAACCACCAGAUUCCCGUCCAGAACCAUAUAUCCGCUCAAUUCUCGCGUCAAACUCGCCGCGGCUCUCUCAGGCAACGAUAUGCCAAGUUCCUCAUCGACGUCGGUUCCUGACUGGCCAAGCAUCGGCUCGUUCUUUACCGAUCUCAAAGAGUUACUGAGCGGCUCAGGAACCAAAGAUCACAGACGGAGGAGUUCCACUGAGAGCCUGAAUUUCGUCCCUGUGGCCAAACAUUUAGUCUAUGGGAGCAGUCAGACGGGUGCUUUUGAGGCAAGAAUGCAGCGGACCUAUUCGUUCAACUACAGUUCCCAAGGACACUUUGUCAGAAUGGAAGACGAAGAUCACGAUGCGCAACCAUACGCAGCGGCAUAGUCUGAUUCUGUGGUUGCUGAAGUCUGAGUCCAUCAGUCUAUCAGAAACUGCGGAUUUCAUAAGCACGUCGUGGAUCCGUGGAUCCUAGUGCAGGAGGGAGACUGGUGCUCAGAAGCGCAGAAACGAGUAGAGUGUCGAUGUCGUGUCAUGGUGCGUUGUGUUGAGCGGAGGAAAAGUGACCAGCGGCGGCUUGUCGAGUCGAUAUUGAGACCUGAUUUGCCUGUAUUUCGUGGAUGUCCUCGGACCCGAACUGCUCAGAAAGUCGCUUCGAAGUAUAGCUGUGCUGAUCUGGAGUUCGGUGUCCGAAGUCCGAAGUCCGUGGGCCGAGUCCGAAAGCAGCCGUGUUCUUUGCUUUCAACGCCCACGAGCCCACGAUGCAGCUUUGAGCUACUUACAGAUUCGGGGUCACGAGAAAAUGGAGAACCCACAAACAGACAAUGUCUUCUGUGACUGGUCAGUCCCGUAGCAGCAGCGAAUUCCACCGUCAAUGGACAUCGACGGCGAGCGUCCAGCAACGUUUACCCGCCAAGAUCUGUAGCAGUGGCACCAGGAACUUGUCGAGACCCGACCUCGCGGUCGCUCGAAUAAGUAAUUCUCGCGGCGAGACGUCAACCGCUACUGAACACGAACUUUCGAUAUCGUCAUCCUGAAUCUGCAAAUCAGGAACACGCACCUCCGAUUCUAUCGUCCUGAAUUUGCAAAUGUGGGACACGAACCAACAUAGACUUCCUUUUUUCCGAAGUGCUUGACACGAAGUAAAGCUACGGGACCAUGGACCUCUGCAGGAGUCUAUCAGAUCCGGUCCGUCAGAUCCCGGAGUUCGGUGUUCACAGAGCGUCUGCCCGGCAUUUAUUUCUGGGAAGUGAUGAAAAUAAUGCCCGAGCUAGGUGCGAGCGUUUAAGAAACAGCAGCGCUGAGCACCACCUCACCUCGUCUUCACCCAAUCAUGCAGGGCACAACUCCCAAACUCCAACGCCUACUUGCAUUCCUCCUGCUCGUCGGUGCCGCAAGUGCGGACAGCUACACGGGACCCUACGCCGACGGUGGCACGUGGACCAAAGGUUUCAGCGCAGCCCAGGCCCUCUCGAGCCAGAUGACCAUUCCGGAGAAGGUAUUCCUGCUCCUCGCAUCUUUCUUUCGUUGGUUUCAUCCGGAUACAUCCAGGUCAACAUCACUUCCGGAUUUGAUGGAUCGUGCGCUGGAGUCACCGGCCAGAUUGUCCGACUCGGCAUACCACCCAUCUGUCUCCAAGAUGGUCCAACUGGUGUUCGCCCGGCACGGCGCGUUUCGCAAUUCCCGGCCGGCAUCACCACCGCCGCGACAUGGAAUCGAGACUUGAUUGCUGCGCGAGGGACAGCUCUGGCGCGUGAGUUUCACGACAAAGGAGCCAACAUCUGGAUUGGGCCGGUCACUGGUGGGCCAAUGGGGCGCAGUCCAUUCAACGGACGGCUUUGGGAAGGUUUCGGCCCUGAUCCGUAUCUGCACGGUGUCGCGUCCUUCUUGACCGUGAAAAGUGCUCAAGCGGAAGGCGUGGUUACCUGUUCUAAGCAUUACUUGGCAUAUGAGCAGGAAACAUUCCGGAAUCCCUACGGCGAGGCCGAGUCUUAUGAUGUCUUCCCUGUUAACGCACAAGACCCGAUUUCUUCCAACUUGGAUGACAAGACAGCGCACGAACUGUACAUGUGGCCGUUUGCAGAGGCGGUUCGCGCCGGCUCAGGAACUGUCAUGUGCUCGUACAACGAAGUGAACUCGACACAUGCGUGCGCUAACGAUGUCGCCCUCAACCAGUGGCUCAAAGGGGAGCUGGGUUUCCAGGGCGCUGUAGUCUCAGACUGGGGCGGAACUUGGGACACGAAGACCUCGACACUCUUUGGGCUCGAUGUGACGAUGCCGGGAUCUGGUAUCGAUGGGCUGUUGGGCAACUUCUACGGUGCCGAAUUGAUUGCGAUGGUGCAGAAUGGGACCAUUCCGGAGAAGCGCUUGGAUGACAUGGUUCUGCGCACCCUUGCCCCCAUCUUGGAGCUCCAGGACCUGCAGACCUAUCCUCGUCCGAGCUUGAAUCAGGUUGAUCUGACCAUUCCUACCAACAAUGUUCGCCGGGAUCAUUAUAAGAUCAUCCGACAGAUCGCGCAGGAGGCGAUUACAAUGGUGAAAAACAACCGUACCGGUGGUGGCGGGCUUCCUUUCCCAGCUCUCGCCGACAUGGCCUCGCUGGCUGUGAUUGGACAGGACGCCGGCCCAGCUCCGUACGGGAUGACCUCUUGUGACGUUGCGGGCAACACCUGUCCGCACGCUGGCAACAACGGAACACUCACCGUGGCGGGAGGAAGCGGAUUCGCCUAUCCGCCAUACACGAUCGAUCCUUUGGCAGCUAUCAACGCGUAUGUGGCUGCUGAAGGCCCCGACAUCAACCAGCACCUGGAAAACCACGAUUUGGCGGCGGCAGCACUGCAAGCCAGUGUUUCGGAGGCUGCGAUCGUCUUCUUGAGCGCAUAUGCUUCGGAAGGCUAUGACCGGGCCAAUCUGACCACUUAUCCCAAUGGGGACGCUCUCGUGCAAGCGGUCGCAGCCGUCAACAAGAACACGAUCGUUGUUUUGCACGUUCCGGGCGCGGUGAUCGUGGAGGACUGGAUCGACCACCCAAACGUCACGGCUGUGCUUAUCGCAUAUCUCCCUGGCCAAGAAAGCGGGAACAGUCUUGCGCCCGUGCUCUGGGGCGAGACAUCGCCCUCAGGAAAGCUUCCAUACACAUUUGCCAAGGAUGUUUCUGACUGGCCUCCGAAUGGUAUCAUGGCCGACGCUGUUCUCAAACCCCAGGUCAACUUCACGGAGAAACUGCUCAUUGAUUACAAAUGGUUUGACGCGAAGAACAUCACGCCCCGCUUCGAGUUUGGCUUGGGGCUGAGCUAUACGACUUUCUCCUUUGGCCAGCUCAGCCUCAAUGAGACCUUUAAAGCCGACAACACAUCCAUUCAACCAACCGCGGAGCAGUUUGUUGCACUUCCAGGUGAUUCCGGCAAAAGCAUGUACGAUGUGCUAUACACUGCUACUGUUUCUAUCGAAAAUACCGGCCAAACCGCCGGUGCCGAAGUCGCCCAGCUUUAUGUUUCGUUCCCGUCGGCUGAGGAUGAGCCUCCACGUGUUCUCCGAGGAUUCGACAAACUGCAACUGAGUCCCGGACAACAAGGCACUGCGACCUUUGAGCUGACGAGGAAGGAUCUGUCGGUGUGGGAUGUGAGCCAGCAGAAAUGGAGAGUUCCCAAGGGCUCGUUCACGAUUUCUGUCGGUGCUUCGAGUCGAGAUCUGCGGUCGGAGGUUGUUCAAGAGUUUGCAUGAUAGAGUUUAUAUGAAUAGAGUAUAUACCUGACCGUAAUUGUAAUCGGGCGCGUUUCUGUGUACAUACCCACAUCAGAUGACUUUCCGUAAGGAUUAAAAAAUGUUUUAGAAUAUGUUGAGACGUCGCCGAAGGGAUGUCACGCGCCUA